UUAUCUCAACAAGAAGGAAGGAAGGAACGAAGGAUAAUUACCUACCCCACAUUCAUUCCAUGUCAACGUCACGUCACAUCAUCUCGACUCGACCUAUCUACACUACAUCAAUAAUCUUCUAUUCCCCCUCCUCUCCCCUCCUACGUACCUUCUAAUUGACACGAUUCAGAGUUCACAAGUCAUAGUUCAUAGUUCAUAGUUCGCACUACACAUACCAGUAAACAACGCAGCAGAAAAGGAACAAAAUAUGGCUCUCCCACCUAAAUUCGCAGGUCAGAGAUUCUUGGCGGCGGGGGCUCCGGCGCAGGCGUUGCAUACGUUGGAAUUGUAUUUGGAUUAUGUUUGUCCGUUCUCGGCCAAAAUGUUCAACACCGUCUACACUUCUGUAUUUCCCUUGAUCAGAGAAAAAUACGCAUCAAAAGUCCAAAUUAUCUUUCGUCAACAAAUUCAGCCAUGGCAUCCAAGUAGUACCUUAGUCCACGAAGCCGGUGUUGCUGUCCUAACCCUCUCACCCGAAAAGUUCUAUCCUUUCUCCGCCUCCCUCUUCAAACAACAAAAGGAUUUCUUUGACACAAACGUCGUUAAUGAAACACGUAAUGCAACAUACAAACGUCUCGCAAAGAUUGGAGGAGAAGCAGGAAUCGAUGAGGAGAAAAUGUAUGACCUGCUUAAGAUUGAUAACAAGCCAGGUCCAGAUGGAAGUAUGAAUUCUGGAAAUGGUGUUACGAAUCAACUUAAGGUGUUGGUCAAGAUGAAUAGAUUAGUGGGAAUUCAUGUUACACCGACGGUUGUUUUCGACGGAGUUGUAGAAAACUCAAUCAGCAGCUCCUUUACUGCCGACCAAUGGGAAGAAUGGUUGGACAAGAACGUCGCAUGAGAACAUUGUAUGAUUUCCCAGGACAGUCAAUUAUGUUCUACAACUCGGAUUCGGACACUAGGGUCAUGAAAAUUGUGCAUGGAUGAGAUUAGCUCGAAUUCUUGGAGGCUCACUGGUAAAAUCUUGCUCUUUCUUGCUCAAAAUGAAAUCAAAAUCCUGUAUUACCUUUGAUUCCUUGUGAUUUUAUGUUAUGGAUGAGGAUCAUGUUGUAGGUAGUGGUAGUGAUCGUUUCCUAGUUAUUGUAUAAGUCAUUGCUAGCAGGGGAAUGAUGACGAUGAGAACACAUUUCUUUACACCUGCUUUAUGAAUUUAUCAUUGAAACUAUAUCCAUUCCUCGUGCUGUUGCGAGUGAUUUUGUUAAGAGUGGUGAUAUGUGUUUCAUAUUGAUAUUUAUAUGUGUCUCGCC